CUCCCACCACAAGGGAGUACCGCUGCUCGUGCUCUGUGGUCUUGUAAACGGUUAGAUGAAAGAAUAUUGUCACCACAUAAGUCAAAGCACUGUAUAUUAUCAUAAGGCGUUUAAAUACAGUAUAAAGAAAUGAUGAAUUCCUCAUCCAAAGGCCAAACUAAUAAUGCUAAGACACCAUUAUUUCAAAUAAAUCUACUUGAGAGGGAGUAUGUUAACCCUUCUGUUGACUACACCAAGAAUUACAAUCACUUCGCAGGAGCACGUUUUGUUAUUGAAUGUGGCAUCAAACUAAAGGCCAGUGUGUUGACCAUAGCUACAGCUGCUACAUAUUACCACAAAUUCUAUACGGUUGCCACGCUGGAGGAUUAUGACCCAUAUCUCAUUGGUUCUACGUGCAUCUAUUUAGCUUCUAAGGUGGAAGACGACGAUAUUAAGAUAAGGGACAUAAUUAAUGUUGGAAUUAGUUGUGUGCGCCGAGGAGAGCCCCCUCUCUCCCUGGACCCUUAUUUCACUAUGCGGGACUCACUUAUUCAAGCAGAACUGCUUCUGAUGCGCGUUUUAGGUUUCAAGAUGAAAGUAGAUCUACCACACCGUUAUUUACUUCACUACUUGCUUUCCUUGAAGGAUUGGUUAGGUGAGAAAACUUUCAACAAUGUACCAAUUGUCCACUUGACCUGGACCAUAACACAAGACAUUUAUCAUUCUUCAAUGGUCUUAAAGUAUUCACCUCAGUUGUUGGCAGCAGCAAUUCUAAACAUAGUGCUGCAGGUGUAUGGAAUAGUGGUGCCAGGAGAUGACGAGAUAAACAACCACUCCUGGUUCACUGUCCUACACCCAGACUGUACAAAUACAGAUGUAUGGGACUUGACUACCAAGAUCCUUGCCAUUUAUCAAGAGGAGGACGACCUUGUGUUGUGCACAUGAGUUAUGAAAUUUCUUUACACUAUUUGUAUUUUAUUAUAGCUUCAUAUAUAAGAUUUUUAGUUUUAUGAUAGAGUAUAGCUCACCUUGUGCACACUAAAGAUUGUGAUCAUGUACUGUAUAGGUAAUGAAUGAGCAAAUUGGAUCUUUUAUUUUUGGGAAGGGUAUGCAAAUAUGCCUAAAAAUAUAUUAUAUACAUCACUGCCAUGUCAAUGUUUAAGACAACUGUAAUUGUGAAGUCUAGGAGACUUGAUGUGAAUUAUAUGAAGCCUAAAGACUGUUCCAAGGGAGUGGAAAAUUUUGUAGCUGAUGAUUUUUAAUGUAUAAAGUAAUUCAUAAUGUGAUUUUAAGCAUUGGUAGAACAGCACACACAUAGAUUAUGCAAUACAGUAUAUAUUCUUUAGUUUAGAGAGUUGAAUUUGUAGCUACUGUAAUGCAGUACAGUGGCACUUUCAAAGUCCAGACCAUAUCGUACCAGAUUUAUGAAUAAUCUGUAUUUCUGCUUAAUGCAGAUUAUUCAUUAAUGCUUGUAUCUUUUUAGUUAUUUGUUGCCAAAAUUUCAGUUUUCUCGAAGCAAAUUACAUCUAUACAUAUUUCUUCAUAUUUAGAUUGUCAUGUAAAUAUUAAAUCUGCUAUAAAUAACUACUCGUGCAUUUUUGCCAGAACUGGUACUAGAACCAAUGCCAUACUCCUCUCUGCUAGCCAUUUGCCUCCCAUGCCACCUUCUAGUUUGUUCAAUAAUUCUGCCUUCUUAUCCAUGAUAAGAUGGUUCCUCUUAACCCCUUCUUGCCACAUACCAGAUGACAUGCUUUCAACUUUCAAAUAUUUGUAUAUCCAAAGAAACUGGUGAAAAAUGUUUUAGUAAUGAGAGGCCAGAGUGCACAUACACAGGAAACAAACAUGGCCGAUACAUAUGCUAAGUAAGUGUACAGAUGCCACAGAAAAUUGUAUUAAUCGGACAGUUGAAUCAUAGUAAAACAUUUCUAAAAUAAAAAUGCAUUAUCAUGAAUGAAAUUUAUUAAUAAAGAGCAAAAAUGUAAAAAGAAAACAAAUACAAUCUGCUGAAAAUUGCUUAAUGUAAUCUUGAUUUCAAAGCACAUCCUCCUGAAUUCAGAUUUUUCUCAGAAAAAUCACCAUUUCAAAAGGGCGAAUUGAUAGCCAGAUUUGGUCAGUUAUUUAGAGGAAUUCACUAUACAGUAUAGAGGUUGGGAUUAUGGAGGUUUCUUUACAUAGUUAAAUAGAUAUAAUGAUAAUUGUAACCAUAAUAUAAUGAUUGUACUGUAAUUUGUUUGAUUUCAACUUCAUUGACCUAUGUUAAUGUACAUAAUUGAAAAUAAAUUUAACUACAUUUUGUCAUCCAGUAGGGGAGUAUACUGUGCUGUAUUAGAGGUAGAUUGUUACAUAAAUGAAGAUACAAAUACAAGUACUGUAAUUUCAUACCUUGCAUGUAACGUAACGCCUUGCAUUAAUAAUAACUUUUCAAUGGAAAGAGUAGUGUAUACAAGUUCUGUAACACUUUUAUGGUUGUGGUACUGUAAAUUUUUCCCUACACAUUAUUCAUUGUUACUAAGGGUUUUACCACUUAUACUUUGGUGAACAGUACUACUAAUUUCUGAGCCAUCAUAUUUGUUUGCCUCUUAAAGUAAGAAUCUUCUGUAUGAUGGACGUGGUUUGUGAAUAGUUGGGCAGGACGGCUUUCAUGUAUCAGUGCUGCAGGAAUCAUUUAAAGUGUCCCUACAGGGUCGAACAAGGUGAUAUGAAGGAACUGGAGAACGGUUCAUUCCAGACCAGAAUAAACUCCACAAAUGAUAGUGAGGCUUCAAACCAGCUCGUGUAUUUGUGUGGUCAAAUCAAGUACUCACUGGUAAGUGGCAGCACUGAUUGAUGCCUAUGCACAGGGUUCCCAAACUCUGAUUGUCACAUUCUUUGACCAUGUCGACGUGUGUGAAACCUUUCCUAAGUUAAGCAACACUUUAUAUCCAUUGUCAACCAAUUAUGUCUACUCAAUAAUAACUUUCGUAUUGAUUUUUUUUUUGGGGGGGAGGGUCCCUGUAUGUGUGUUCAUAAAGUAUACCUCAUACACUUUUCCAACCGGGAUGUGUGCUUACAGAAAAAAAUAAUUAUGCAACAAAAUGCUUUUGCAUGCUCCCUAAAUGUUAAAGACUGCAGUAGUAUUUCACUAUAAAUUUAAUGGUCCAGGAUGAGGUUGCCCCCUGUGUUCAAUACAAAUUCAAGGAAGAGUUUUGUAAAGUGGUUUUGUUUAAAAAGUCUCCACCCUCUCCACAUCUCUAAAUUUCUUCCCUGGAACUUUAAAUUAAUGAUAUUAAUCUGUUUUCUGUUCUAGUCCUUAUAUUUUCUUACAAGAUACAGACUUUCAAUAUUCUAUCACUCGAUAUGCUUUUUGUCGAGUUCAUGAGAAAUACAUCUUGGUUCUCAUUGGGCAAGCAAACCUUGUACUGUAUUGUAAACUAGUAUUGUUUGCAGCUCGCUUUAAUGAGUUUUCACAUACAGUAAUUAAUAACAAUAUUGUUACACAUUCCUACCAAACUUAGGCAUGAAUUUUAUUGUAUGGGGCCUGCAGAUAUCAUCCAUAACUAAAUAUUAAAUUUUCUUAGUGUAAAUCUUCCCAUAAUAUGAUGGAAUUAAUGUCGAUGAUAAAAGUAUUUGUUCCUUAUACGAGUGCUGUACAGUAUUCAGAAAGAAAAGCCAACUUAAUGUUUCAAGAAGUGCAUUAAUAUUUUAUAUCAUGAAGUUUGAAUAAAUGAUAAGAAUUG